AUGGAUCCACAAUUGUGGGUGAACGAGGACGUCGAUAAGUAUGUGCGCUUUUCUAUUAACAAUAAAAUUAUUGAAGUGCCCGAGAUAUACACAUCUAAUGACCGAGCGGACUGCACUAUAAUGAAAAUGAUCACUGCACGAUUUCAGGACCAAAUUAAGAACAACCAAGUCAUUGAACUGCGUGGAGGAAAACGAGAGGAAAAGAGUUUUCGAGUGUAUUUGAACUUUUUGGAAGGAAAGAGGGUUGUUGAAGAACAACUGAGUGUACGACAGAUGGCAAAGAAAGUUGCAACGUUGUUACAAUUUGGUGUGAGUAUCCAGUCCUCGUUGAAAAUGAUUGGAUUACAAGUCAAAGAGGAUAUCGAUGUCGUCAUUGGGACUUUUUUGAUUAUGAUGAAUGAACGGACUUUAGAUCUU